AUGACGGUGACGUGGACUGGGCGGUCCAUCACGCAGCUGUCGCUCCACCGCCGGCGCGCCAACCCCGGCGGCUUGGGCUACGGCCUCGAGCACAUCCCGUUCCUGCUGCUCCAUGCGUACAACCUCUACUGGUGCUUCCAGACGUCCGGCGAUCCGUACCGCAUUGCCUUGGCCGAGCUCGAAGAGCAAGGCUUCAACAUGGACCGCAUCUUGAACCCGCCGUCAGAGGACGAUCUUGCGGGCCUCGCCGCCUCGGCGCUGCUCCAGGCUGGCGCCAGCGACGCGCCCAAGAACCCGACCGAUGACAUGAGCAUUCCGCCGCUCCCGAACCCGUUCUUGCCGGCCAUCAUCCCGCUUCUCUUUUGCGUGACGGUCGUCUGCUUGCACAUUCUCAUGCGCCUCCUCCAGAUCUGGUCGACGCGUGUUUUGACCUUUAUCAAGUACAACAGCGUGGCCAACUUGACGGACGCGACCUUUGUCAAGGUCGUGCCCCGCGCGUACCGCGGAAAGAGCGUCAUGGUCGAGCUCGAGCAGCACACGCUUUCGAACGGCGAGAAGAGCGCACCGUUCUUCAUGUUCCAGAAGCGCAAGUACGUCGGCGAGGUCAACAAGGACGACGGCUCGGUGUGCUUUCGCAAGCUCAAGGCGCCCGUCACCAACGCGGUCGAGUCGUACGUCAAGGCCAAGGGUAUCGAUGCGGGUGCGCAAUACACGCGGGCGCUGGACCUCUACGGGCACAACGAGUUUAGCAUCCCGCAGCCGACGUUUGUCAAGAUGUUCCAGGAGCAGCUCGUCGAGCCUCUGACCGUCUUCCAGAUCUUCUCGGUCUGCCUCUAUAUGCUCGACGAGUACUGGCAGUACUCGCUCUUCACGCUCGUCAUGAUCCUCAUGUUUGAAGGCGUCACGGUCUUCAGCCGCCUCAAGAACCUCCAGACGCUUCGGGGCAUGGGCAACGUUUCGCGUGACAUUUACGUCUUCCGGUCGGGCAAAUGGAGUACCGUAAGCUCGUCGGCGAUCGUACCGGGCGACAUCAUCUCGGUCAAGCGUAUCGUCGAAGGCGACUCGACGGUCCCGUGCGACUGCCUCCUCCUCCAGGGCAACGCGGUCGCCAACGAAGCGACGUUGACCGGUGAGAGCGUGCCGCAGAUGAAGGAAGCGAUCGGGCUCAAGGCCAACGCCGACGACCUCGCCGCGCCGCUUGACAUGAAGUCGGGGCACAAGGUGCACAUUCUCUUUGGCGGCACCACGAUCAUGCAGCACGACGCCGGCUCGUCGGUCACGAGCAUUCCGGCGACGCCCGACAAGGGCGUCCUCGCCUACGUGCUGCGGACCGGCUUUAGCGCGUCGCAGGGCAAGCUUGUGCGCAUGAUUGAGUUUUCGUCCGGCAAGGUCACGGGCUCGACGUGGGACGCGGUCGGCCUCGCCGUGCUUUUGCUCUUCUUUGCGAUUCUGUCGUCGGGCUACGUGCUGCGCGAAGGCAUUGCCCGCAAAGGCCGCGUGACGUUCGAGCUCGUCUUGCGCUGCGUGCUCAUCAUCACGUCGGUCGUGCCUGCCGAGCUGCCGAUGCAGACGGCGAUGGCGGUCAACACGGCGCUCCUCGCGCUCGUCCGGCUCUCGAUCUUUUGCACCGAGCCGUUCCGCAUCUCGCUCGCAGGCAAGGUGGACAUUUGCCUGUUUGACAAGACGGGGACGAUCACGACGGACCAGCUCACGGCGGUCGGCGUCGUCUCGUACGACGAAAGCGUGCCCAUGACGGCCGCGAUCCAGCCGCACCAACCGAUGCUGCAGUCGCACCUGAACGCAUGCCUCGUCCUCGCGGGUUGUCAUUCGCUGGUCGAAAUCGACGGCAAGAUGAUUGGCGAUCCGGUCGAAGAAGCGUCGCUGCGUGCGAUCGACUUUACGUACGACGUCAAGAGCAAGACGUGCGCGCCGAACGCGACGAGCGCCGAGCGCGCCGAGUUGAAGGGCGCUCGCGUCCAGAUUCUGCACCGCAACCACUUUGCGUCCAAGCUCCAGCGCAUGAGCGUCGUGGCGCGGUGCCAGUUUGGCGGCCACUCGCGCCUCCGCGUGCUCGUCAAGGGCAGCCCCGAAGCACUCGCCAAGCUCGCGACCGAUGUCCCCGACUGGUUUUGGCCCACGUACCAAGACAUGGCCCGCCGCGGCAUGCGGGUGCUCGCGCUGGCGUACAAGGACUGCGAGAAGGGUCUCUCGGAGGCCGACGUCGGCCACAAGACGCGCGAGUGGGCUGAGAGCAACCUCCGGUUUGCGGGCUUUGCCGCGUACCAGUGCCUCGUGCGCCGCGACUCGGCCGAGAUCCUCCAGCAGCUCAAGGACAGCUCGCACGCGGUCGGCAUGAUCACGGGCGAUGCGACGCUGACGGCGGUCCACGUGGCCAAGGAAGUCGGCAUCCUCACGCGCCCGGCGCUCAUUCUCUCGGGCGGCGACGUGACGUUCGAGUGGAAGUCGGCCGACGACGACAAGGCGGUCGCGGCCUACGCCAAGAGCGCGAUCGUUCAACUGAGCAAAACGUACGACCUGUGCAUGGACGGCGCGGCCUUGUCGCGGGCCAACGACGUCGACGGCGGCGUCUGGAAUCACCUCGAGCUCAUCCGCGUGUACGCGCGCAUGACGCCGGAGCUCAAGGAGCGCGUGCUCACGUCGCUCAAGACGUGCGGCCACUUUACGCUCAUGUGCGGUGACGGUGCCAACGACGUGGGGGCGCUCAAGCAGGCGCACGUCGGCGUCGCGUUGCUCUCGGGGUUCGGGUCGGCCAACGCCGACAAGAGCAUCACGGGCGCGGACGCGCUCAAGAAGAGCAAGAAGAUUGUCGAGGUCGAGACGCUCUCGCGCGAAGGCCUCUUGAAGCUGCACGCGUCGGUGCUCAAGAAGAAGCUACUCGCGCUCAACAUUGCGCACGACAACGUGACGGAGAAGUCGGGGUUGAUCGACCUCCUCCUCGCCGACCAGGCCGCCAAAGAAGCGUCCAAGCCCAAGAAGCUUCUCAACCCGUUUGGCCCGAUGACGCCCGAGCAGCGCAAGGAGCUCCAGAAGAAGCAACAAGAGGAGAUUGAAGCCGACGUGGCCGAGCGCGAGGCGCGUGGCGAGUCGUUUGCGCGCUUCAAGGCGCUCGCGGCGUUUGCCAAGCGCCAGAAGGACCAAGCGUCGGCGUUCCAGGCGCAGCAAAAGGGCGGCAACGGGGGCUUUGCCAACUGGACCAACAACCAGGUCAUGACGCAGUACAUGGACGACUUUGAGGACGGCGAAUUGCCGAUGGUCAAGCUCGGCGACGCAUCGAUCGCGUCGCCGUUCACGUCGCGUGCGCCGUCGAUCAAGGGCUGCGUGGACAUAAUCCGGCAAGGCCGGUGCGCGCUCGUGACGACGGUCCAAAUGUACCAGAUCUUGGCCAUCAACUGCCUUAUCUCGUCCUACUCGCUCUCGGUGCUGUACUUAGACAAGGUCAAGUACGCCAACUCGCAGAUGAUUGCGCUCGGCAUGAUGUCGACGGUCGCGUCGGUGACGCUCUCGCGCGCGACGCCGCUGCCCGAGCUCUCGCCAGUGCGUCCGAUCUCGUCGAUCUUCCACCCCGCGCUCUUUUCGUCGCUCAUCGGGCAGUUUGCGCUGCAUUUGGCCGUCAUGGUCUACUCGACCAACCUCGCCAAGGAGUACACGCCGGUCGACGACACGCGUCACUUGACCGACAUCAAGCCGCUCGUGUUUGAGCCCAACGUCAUGAGCACCGUCAUCUUCCUCGUCAACGGCGUCCAAACCAUUAGCGUCUGCGCUGUCAACUACAAGGGCCGUCCGUUCAUGAAGAGCAUGACCGACAACCCGGGUCUCCUCUACUCGCUCGGGAUCUCGCUCGUCGGCGUCUUCCUCCUCUGCACGGAGGCCAUGCCGCUCUUCAACAAGGUGCUCGAGAUCGUCCCGAUGCCGGACCCGCGCUUUGCGCAGAUCCUCACGGGCAUCUUGACUCUGGACGUUGUCGGCGCCUUUGCGUGGGACCAGCUCUGCCUCCUGCUCUUUGCGCCGCACAUCUUCAUGGCGUCGCUCAAGGCCAUCAACAAGUCGGACAUCCGCCAGCUGAUCAAGAUGCUCGUGAUUGCGCUCGGCGUCAUUUACGUCGUCGCCAACAUUGACUAUGACGAGAUUGAGCGCCAGCAAAAGCUCCUGGACGCGACCAACGCGGCCGGCAGCGACUUUGUCGAAGCCAUUAGCAGCUAA